GUUGGUUACCUACAUCUUUGUCUAUGAAGACCUGGUAUCCUUGGCCUGUGGUGCUGUUAUUAUCUGGUAUUUUGCUGGCAGCUUUGAGAAGAACGUUGGCACCGCGAAGCACUGCUUCCUCACCGUCGCCUUUGCCGUCCUCUCUGCCCUCCUGUACCUCUUCCUGGAGACCGUUGUCUCGAGGGUGUCAGAGGUGGAAGAUGCCAAAGGAUUCAUGCCGGUAGCGUUUGCUAUGUUGGGAGUGUCCACCACCCGCUCGCGGAUGAGGAGGACUCUGGUUUUUGGGUUUAGAGCUCCAGUGGUGCUGGUGCCUUGGUUUCUGCUCUGCAUCGCGUGGUUUAUCCCCUGCUCUUCUCUCCUGAGUAACCUGUGUGGGCUCCUCACUGGGGAAGCCUAUGGUCUUGGCUACUGCUUCUGCUUGGAUUUUCCAGAGUCGGUGGGCUCUAGACUGGACAGGGUGUUCCCUUUCAGCCUGCUAAAGAGGAUACCAGGGCUGAAAUACAUCCCAGGGUCCCUAGCAGAGAGAAGAGCCUUUGAAAACAGCAAGAUUAACGCUGUGCCAGGUGCCUACCCCACCCAGAGCUACCACUGCUCUUCGCCUCCAGCUCUCCCUGCUUUCCAG